UGCUGAAAGACUGGAGUUGAGGGCAGUUGUAUGCAUCCAAUUAGAUGCUGUAUUCAAGAGGAAAGAUUGUAAAACAUAGAUCUGUAGUUUUGCAUACACAUUUUUGCUGCUUAUGUGGUACUAGCAAGGGUUUCCUACAUGCACUGUUUGAACGGCUAAAACAGUUUCUGGAGUGCAGUAGAAAUAUACGGACAGGAAAUGUAUGCAGAGAUCGUCUAGAGAAGACUAUAAUUCUGUUCACCAAAGUGCUUUUGGACUUCCUGGAUCAACAUCCUUUUUCGUUUACACCUUUAAUUCAGAGGUCAUUGGAGUUUGCUGUGAGCUAUGUUUUCACAGAGGCUGGUGAAGGAGUUGUAUUUGAGCGCUUUAUUGUACAGUGUAUGAAUCUCAUCAAGAUGAUUGUAAAAAACUAUGCUUACAAACCAUCCAAAUAUAUUGAAGAUAGCAGUCCUGAAACUCUUGAAGCACAUAAGAUAAAGACUGCGUUUUUCACAUAUCCAACACUAAUGGAGAUAUGUAGGAGACUAGUCACUCACUAUUUUCUGCUGACAGAGGAAGAAUUAACAAUGUGGGAAGAAGACCCAGAAGGCUUCACUGUGGAAGAGACAGGAGGAGAUUCUUGGAAGUACAGUCUCAGAGUGAGUGUUUCAAUUUGAAAUAAAACAUUCGACAUCUAUGCGUGCACUUUUACCUAUGAGAGAUGAUACUUGGUGGACAGAUAAGCUCAUACUUCAAAUGAAAUUUGAAUUUUUUUUUUAAUUAGUGUAAAUUAACUUCGUGUGCUUACCAGUAUUGAAACAUUCUAAAAUGUACUGGAAACUAUGGACUUUUUUCCCAUUUUUGAACAUGGAAUUUGCUUCAGCAUUUGCAUUGUGCACUAUGUGGUGGUUAUUAAAUCCAGUAGAAGUUUUCUCUUCUUUAAACUGGCUUUGUCGGAUGUGAUGAAUGAAGAAUGUUUCAGAUGCAUCUGUAUCUUUUCUUUCAGAUUCUAGUGUGCUUUUGGAGUGAAUCUCUGUUAUCUGUGCUAUGCUUUGCUUUGCAAAGAGAACUCAGCUUGUUUGCUGGGUUACUUUCAGAUUAAAACUAGAAAAAAGAGCCCUGCACAUCUAGUGUCUUCCAAAAUGCAAGUAUGCAAUCAUAUCAAUUGACUGGACCAGAAUUAAUUAAAAAA